CACAGUAUGGCCGGCGAUAUUAGCUAGCACUCGCUAACGGUAUUCUCUGCAAAAGGGAAGACGGUAACUCAAGAAAAUCAACACCUGGAUUGCUUAAAGGACUGUACCUCAAUAAAUUAUAACUGAUCGAGGAGGGAUUUAUUAAGCUGUUAACGUUUCAACCGACGGUUAAUAUUUUUUGUUGGGUGUCUGUUGUCUCAUGAUGGAAGAUAACGGUGCACAUUUCUUCGAGGGGACCGAGAAGCUGUUGGAGGUGUGGUUCUCCCGGCAGGAUGAGACCAAAGGAACCGGGGACCUCCGUACCAUCCCAAGGUUUGAGUGGGACAAACUUUUGGAGAAUGUGCAUUGUUUGAUCAUAAGUGUGACAAAGUCUGACAAGCAGGAAGCUUAUAUACUCAGUGAGAGUAGCAUGUUUGUCUCCAAGAGACGUUUCAUUUUGAAGACGUGCGGAACCACCCUCUUACUGCAAGCACUGGUGCCUCUGCUGGAACUCGCCAGGGAGUACUGCGGUUUCGAUGCCAUCGAGAAUUUCUUCUACUCCCGCAAGAACUUUAUGAAACCAACCCAUCAAGAGUUUCCUCAUCGAAACUUCCAGGAGGAAGUGGACUUUCUCAGCCAGAUUUUCCCAAAUGGCGCAGCCUACUGUAUGGGACGUUUGAACUCUGACUGCUGGUACCUGUUUACCCUGGACUUACCAGAGUACUGGGAGAACAAGCAUGCGGAUCAGACGCUGGAAGUUCUGAUGAGUGACCUCGAUCCAGCCAUUAUGGACCAGUUCUAUAUGAAAGAUGGUGUUUCUGCAAGUGAUGUCACUCGUAUGAGUGGAAUUCGUGACCUGAUACCAGGUUCUGUGAUCGAUGCCACAAUGUUCAACCCUUGUGGAUACUCAAUGAAUGGAAUGAAGACUGACGGUACUUACUGGACCAUCCACAUCACCCCAGAGCCGGAGUUCUCCUACGUCAGCUUCGAAACCAACCUCUCCCAGACAUCGUACGACGAUCUGGUCAGGAAGGUGGUGGAGGUGUUCAAGCCAGGAAAAUUUGUGACUACGCUUUUUGUCAAUCAGAGCUCCAAAUGUCGCAGUGUCUUUUCUUCUGCCCAGAAACUCGAGGGCUACAAGCGUCUCGACCGCCAGUUGGCUCAGUUCAACGACUACAAUUUUGUCUUCACAAGCUACGCCCAGAACCGCCAGCAGAACCAGCAGAGCUGAGGGUUGAGGAUGAAGAGGCGUAAAAAGAAAGGCGGCUGCUCAGGGCUCCCCCCCUGCGGCCGGCUUCACCCCCCAAUAGAGAGCUCGUCGUCAUCCCUCCUCCCCCCCUUCUGCUGCUGCCGUCGUCCAGAAUCUGCCGGUGCCGACACGGUCGCGAGCCCUAGUUUAACCUCCAGUUUGAGUUGUUUGCGUUGUUGUACCUGUGACUUAGAUCUCUUGCAUGAAAGCUCUUUUCUCUGUUUCGAUAUUCUAGCUCACUCUUGCUGUGAUCUUGAAGUGCAUGUAGAGGAAUUAAACACGCUCUGUUUGAGGCUGUCCACCUGUGCCCAGUACGACGGCCCCUUCCUGCAGGUGUCCCCUCUCAUCCCCCACAGACAAGGCUUCCGCCCGCACUAGGCCAGGGCCCUGACAUGCUCAGACCAGUAUGCCUCUUUAUGAGCGCAGCCUGUCCACUUUUUUUUUUGUGUUUUGUUAUUUCAAACCCGCCACCCGUCUCCAUCUAAUUUGCCCUCCAAUGUGACAGUUGGUAUAUAUGAAUCUCUAACGAUUUUUGAGUGCACUUUAAAAACCUGUUUACUCGUGGUACAUAAAAAAAGGCCGACCUUCCGUCUCGAGCCUGAUUGAAUGUAUAAGUCGUGGUAAGCCUUUGGCCGUUGUAGUAGUCAUCGCAUUGUUUGAAAACGAACGCCAUACUUGCUGUUUAAUGUCGCACUAUUCGAUAAAAGGCGUGCAGCUUAUUGGUCGAUGUGGUCUCUGGUUGCUGCAAACUGCAGUAAAGCAGAAGACUUUGCUGGGCUUCGAAUUGGACUCCCAACACCAGCAUUCAUUCAUUUGUGCUCCUCCACCUCGACAAUCAUAGUCCUUGUUUCCCCAAAUAGACAGGCUAUUAAAGUUGUAUGCCUGGACAUGAAUCAUUUAAGACACUUGUCAUGCGCACUUUGUUGGCUUCUUUUUGUACAGCGUGCUGUAUGUAUGGGAAGCUUCCAUCCUAUAUACCCCCCCCAGUCAUAUUCAGUCUAAUUUUCCACAUUCAUAACCAAUUGGUUACAUGGGAAAAUGUUCAAACUGAAUGUAGCACAGGCCGUGUAAAGCAGCGGUCUACCCUCCCCCUCCCUCCCCCGUCUUUCGAAUGUACACGUCUCUAGAGAAAAGCCUGGACCGGGUUUUGAGCUGAAUGUACGACUCCAGGAGAGCACACUCACCCUCCUCUUCCCUCACACGCACACAGAGCUCACAAUGACCUCUGUCGAGCAGCCAUUGUCCAGCUUGCAGCAGCCCCCCUCCCCU